AUGUCAGAACUUACACCCGCUCAGCUUAAGGCACAGAAGAAGGCCGCCAAGGCCGCCAAGCGUGCGGCUUCCAAGGAGGCAUCGGGCCAGGCUCCUACUCGAGAUCCACGAGAGGCCAAGAAGGAACAGCAACAGGCCGCAGCCAAGGAGGGAGGCUCAUCUUCAAACACCGGAAACAACAGCAAUAACACACAAGGCGGAAGCAAUCAAUCGUCCGCCUCUGCAUCGUCCAAGGAGGAUCGAACCCGGGCUUCCAGACCCGCUUUGUUUGGGCACCUUGAGAAGGCAGGAAAGGUGACUGCAGCGGAUGCUGGCAAGGACGUGCAUCCCGAGGUGAUCACCUUGGCACUCCGGUACUCGUCGUAUCAGAUUGUGGGCUCUUCUGACCGAGCCCGAACUCUUCUGCAGGCCUUCCAGCGGGUUAUUGCUGACUACGAGACUCCCGAGGGAACUACACUGUCUCGAAACCUCACUACACAUCUUGGUCACCAGAUUGAUUUUGUCAUUUCUGCACGACCGUUGUCUGUGUCCAUGGGUAAUGCCAUUCGGUGGCUCAAGCAGGAAAUUUCUGUGGUGAGCAUUGACAUGUCCGAUCAGGCUGCCAAAGACAUGCUGGUGGAGAAGAUUGACGAGUACAUCAAGGAGAAGAUCGAUGUGAGUGGAUCCGUCAUCGUGGAGAGCGCCGUCAACGACAUUGCCGACGGUGACACCGUCCUCACUUUUGCACAUUCCGAGGUGGUGGAGAACACCUUCAUUGCUGCUCACCAGGCCGGUAAGCGGUUCAAGAUCAUUGUGGUCGACUCCCGACCUCUGCAUGAGGGCCGAAAGCUGGCUCGAGAUCUGUCUGCCCGGGGCAUUGAGUGCAUCUACAUUCUGGUUUCGGCACUGGCUCAUGUUCUGGACGACGUUUCUCGAGUCUUUCUGGGAGCCCAUGCCAUGCUUUCUAACGGCGCUCUGCUUUCGCGUGUCGGCUCUGCCCUCAUCGCCACUGCUGCCAAGCGAAAGAACAUCCCCGUGAUCGUCCUAUGCGAGUCCAUGAAGUUCUCUGACCGAGUCCAGCUCGAUUCUGUCACUCUCAACGAGCUGGCCUUCCCCGAAAUGCUGGCAAACACCUACAUCAGUGACAAGAAGAAGCUUCCUGAAGACAAGGCCAAGACCUCGCUCAAGUACCUCAAUCUGUGCUACGAUCUGACUCCUGCCGCAAAUCUCACCAAGAUUAUCACCGAGCUGGGUCAUCUGCCUCCCUCGGCCGUUCCCGUCAUCAUGCGAGAAUACAAGUCCGCUUACACUAUGUAG